ACCAUCAUUCACUUACAGACUACCAUCACCAUUCAACCAUCCAUCAAUCCAUCUACUCGAUCAAUUUUCCCGCACCAGCAUCGUCCAAAUCUCACACUCGUCGCUCGAUUGCGCCCUUUAGGCGUUCUCUGUCGUCUAUUUCACAGCUCGAGGUGGGUCAUCUACCACCACACUCUCAGCAUGGUAGUCCUCUCGUACGACACUCCCCGACUAGGGCGAGGCACUUCCCGCUCCAUAGAUGCGCACCACUCUAGCACCGCAUCUUCCUCUUACAUCUCACCCUACAUGGACUCUCCAUUCUACUUGGAUCCUGACAAGGCCCCUUCCGCUCCGGCUUUUGUGACCGACUCGACGCAUGUGCAACCUCAUGCGGUGGAAAAGGUGGCUUAUUUUUUUCCAAAGGGCGUGGGAGAAUAUCACUACGGCGAACGACAUCCCAUGAAACCUGCUCGCUUGACUUUGACGAACAGAUUGGUACUGGGAUAUGGCCUACACGAGCGCAUGGAGUGUUAUAGCCCUCGCAUGGCCACGAGGGAAGAAUUGGAAUGGUUUCACGAUUCCGACUUCAUCGACUUCUUGUCCAAGACCACGCCCACAACGCCCCUCUCAGCCUCCUUCACGCGCUUCAAUUUUGCAGACGAUUGUCCGGUUUUCGAUGGAAUGUACGAUUUUUGCAGGUCGUAUGCUGGCGCGAGCUUAGCAGGGGCUCGCAAGCUGACAUCAGGAACUGCAGACAUUGCCAUCAACUGGAGCGGCGGACUACACCAUGCAAAGAAGAACGAGGCGAGCGGGUUUUGUUACGUCAAUGAUAUCGUGUUGGGAAUACAGGAGCUGUUGAGGUAUCACCCACGCGUUCUCUACAUUGACAUCGACAUCCAUCAUGGAGACGGCGUUCAAGAAGCAUUCUACAACAACAAUCGAGUUCUGACCGUCUCCUUUCACAAGUACGGCAACGACUUUUUUCCUUGCACAGGUGCCCUCACAGAGAUCGGCGUAGGCCUAGGCAAGCACUUUUGUCUCAAUGUACCGCUUCAGGACGGCAUCGACGAUUCAUCCUACGUGUCGCUUUUCAAAGCAGUGAUCGAGCCAUGCAUCACCUCUUUUCGACCCGAAAGCAUCGUCUUGCAGUGCGGGGCUGAUUCGUUGGGAUUGGAUAGACUAGGCUGUUUCAAUUUGAGCAUAUCUGCGCAUGGAGAGUGCGUUCGAUUCGUCAAAUCUUUUGGACUGCCCUUGCUGGUCUUGGGAGGUGGAGGCUACACGAUUCGCAACGUGGCGCGAUGUUGGGCGUACGAAACAUCCGUCUUGACCAACGUCUCCAUACCUGAUACCUUGCCUUCCACUCCCUACGACGCCUUCUUUGAGCCGACCCACAAGCUCCACGAACCCCUCCAGGCGGCUAGAGUGGAAAAUCAGAAUACAAAGGCCAACUUGGAGAAGAUCAGGAUAGCUUGUUUGGAACAGCUGAGAUAUCUGCAUGGGGCGCCUAGUGUGCAGAUGCAGGAAAUCCCGCCCGACCUAGCCGGAUGGCUCGAGACGGAUCAAGCUGCAGGAAAGGGGAACGAGGAGGGAUUCCGAACGGAAAGAGCAGACGAUUGAAAGCUUGUGCGGUCUUGUGCGCACUCAGCUCUUCAAAAGUCAACGGAAACGGAAUGUGGGACAGCAUCGCCCAAUUCUUCUUUCGCCAAUGCGCCGCACCAUCCUCGUUUUGUCAUGCACGCGCAGCUGUGUUCCACGUCGGCAUUGGCCCACACGUCAUCCAUCGCAUUCCGGCCAUCAGGUCUGUAUUGUAUCAAUCAAAUGUACUCUUUGUCGAUGCA